AUGCCGCCGCCGCCGGUUCAACAAGCUGAUGACCAUAACAUGAACAACGUCGUCGCCGACGCCGGCAUGAACUACUACUAUGGCGGCGGCGGCGCCGGCGGUGCCAUGGUGUUUGGUGGUGCACCCAUGGGGGAGACGGUGGAGCAGGCAGCUCCGCCGGUGCCGGUGGUGCCGGUGGUGAUGAACCGCGACGACGACGAGGUGAACAACCAGGGCGGCGGCCGUCACCGUGCUGCACCAACAAAUACUACUAGGAGGUUUUGGACCACUGAAGAGCACAGGCAGUUUCUGAGGGGGCUGCGUGUGUACGGACGUGGUGAGUGGAAGAGCAUCUCCAUGAACUUCGUCAGAAGCAAGACGCCGGUGCAGGUGUCCAGCCACGCCCAGAAGUACUUCCGCCGCGUGGAGAGCGCCGCCGCCGACAAGCAGCGCUACAGCAUCAACGACGUCGGCCUCAACGACGACACCGCCGCCAUGGACGGCACCAACAGCUACAGCAACAAUAACUUCGGUGGCUGGCAGAGUCUCAUUCAGCAGCAGUUCAUGCAGAUGCAGGCGCAGACGCAGCAGGCGUGGAAUGAUCAGCAUAUGAUGAUGGCUGCUGCUCCAAUGGAGGGAGCAACUGAUACUAACUUUGAGCCUGCAGAACAACAACAUGUGCUGAACUUCUGA